AUGAAUCGAGCCAACGACACGAGUUCAAAUCUUAAACUCAUUUCGUUGGUUGUACUCAUCGUGCAGACCACUGCACUUGUCUUGACACUUCGAUACAGUCAAACUCAGAAGUCUGAAGGCCCUCGCUAUCUCUCUUCUACAGCUGUAGUAUGUGCUGAAAUUAUUAAGCUGAUUACGUGUAUUUUUGUGAUUUAUCGAAAUAGUGGAUAUCGAGUGUCUGGAAUGUUGUCCGAGUUGAACCGGGAGAUUUUCGCCACUCCACAAACUAGAUCAGAUUCGCUCAAGGUUGCUGUUCCAGCCAUAAUGUAUGUCAUACAGAACAAUCUUCUUUUCUUUGCCUUGAAAAAAUUGGACGCUGCUACUUAUCAAGUGACAUACCAACUGAAAAUCCUCACCACCGCAUUUUUCUCCGUGACAAUGCUCGGAAAAUCUUUGCACCGAUACAACUGGCUCGCCCUAUUACUUUUAACCGGUGGAGUGGCUCUUGUGCAAUACCCAUCCGGUGAUUCUCCAUCACAGACAGCACAUCACGAUGCUUCUGAUAACAUAAUGGGAUUAGCAGCCGUAUUAGCCGCCUGUUUCUCAUCAGGAUUCGCCGGUGUCUACUUCGAAAAGAUUCUGAAGACAUCGAAGGUUUCUUUGUGGAUUCGUAAUAUUCAACUGGCGUUCUUCUCAGUGUUCGGAGCACUGUUUGUGUGUUGGCUCUACGAUUGGGAAGCUAUCAGUAACGAUGGAUUUUUGAGAGGCUACAACGGAAUCAUUUGGAUUGUUGUCUUAUUGCAGGUGAGUGAAAAUGGAAUUUUUAAACUACGUUUUUAUUUCCAGGCGUACGGAGGACUUGUGAUCGCUCUUGUUGUUAAAUAUGCGGACAACAUUCUCAAAGGAUUUGCAGUCUCACUCUCCAUAAUCCUUUCCUCAUUCACUUCUUGGCUAGUACUCGGGGAUUUGACUAUCACAACCACCUUCGCCAUCGGAGCAACAAUUGUCAUUUUCGCCACUUUCCUCUACGGUCAUGAGCCAAAGAAGAGCCCGGUCGCUCAUAAUGCCUGA